UACUUUCUUCGCCCGCUAUUGCUCGCGAAGCAUUGAAUUCUGCCUCAUCGAAUCUCCAUACACGCUGAACGGUUCGCAUUCCUCGUUCUCGGCUUCGCUUAGAGCACAGCCUCAUCUCCAUGCGAAGAGGCCCAUGAUGUGACCGGUGAGGCACAAACAGCGUCAUUUUUCCCGCUCAGACAAGCCAAUCGCAUUGCUGGGCCAAUAUAACCAUGUGCACACCUAGGUAUUCGCACGUAAGCGAUGGGCUGAGCGCGAAUCAUGGACUUGUACGUACGAGCGUAGAGUUGGUGCAGUAUAAAGCCAAAACCUCAACUCUUUGGAAGGCACUAACUCAUCGCAACGCGAGCGCCUAUUGAUGAUGAGGAUCUUGCAGGCUCUCAUUUCAUAUUUGUCGUCGACGACUGUCCUUGCGACUGCGUCCCAUGGUGACUGCAAAUGCACUCCUGAUAGCCAUUGCUGGCCUUCAGACGCAGAAUGGACUGCAUUGAACAGCACUCUAUCUGGCGCGUUGAUCAAAGGUGUACCCCCAGGCUCCGUCUGCUAUCCGGAUCAGCCGCACUAUGGCGAGGAAGCAUGCGCGUUUGUCCGGUCGCAUUGGUUUAACUCUACAUGGCAUGCAGCAAAUCCUAUCAGCAUCGACUAUCCCAUCUGGACCAAUAACUCGUGCAAUCCGAUUUAUCUAAACGGUACGAGCGUGACUGGCGAUGUGAACGCCGGGGAAAAAGGUUGCUCAAUCGGAAACUACCCUUGGUAUGUGGUCAACGCUACUUCAGCGAAGCAAGUCGGCGACGCGCUGAAGUGGGCCGGAAAGAAGAACGUGAGAGUCGUUGUUAAGAGCACUGGGCAUUCGUAUCCGGGAAGGAGCAUCGGCUAUGGCAGCCUCAGCAUUUGGACUCAUAAUCUCCGUGGCAUCGAAUACAUCCCUUCCUUCAAGCCCAGCUCUUGCCCAAUCAACGGCACUCUAGCUGCCGCUCGCGUCGCAGCGGGCGAGACCGGCAUUGACGUCCAGACUGAAAUGGCGAAGCACGGCUCGAUCAUCGUCACCGGCGGGAACCCCGACGUCGGCCUCAUUGGCUGGCUUACUGGUGGCGGCCACGGCACACUAUCUGGAAAUUACGGCAUGGGCGCUGACAACCUCCUCGAAGCCACUAUUGUGACUCCUAAGGGAAAAGUCUACGUCACGAAUCCUUGCAGGAACUCCGAUAUCUUCUUUGCCAUCCGCGGAGGUGGCGGUGGGACAUACGGCGUCGUGACCGAAGCUGUCAUCAAAGCCUAUCCUACCCCAAAGACAACCUUACACACCUUCGCUGUGGGCUCACUGAGCCCAAAUAUUACGGCUGAAUUCUGGAGCCUGAUGGGCUUUAUACACUCCGAGAUGCCGCGACUCAAGGAAGGCGGUAUGCAAGGAUAUUACUAUAUGGUGGGACCGCCUGCAUACCCUGUUCUUGCGUUCUUAUGGGGCUUCUUCCUCUAUGAUAAGCCAGAAGGGACGGUGGAAGUGUUAAUGGCACCUAUUCAAGAGAGGCUCAAGAGUCAGGCGCACCUGUUCGCAUAUCAGUCCAACAUUACACAAGGCGAUACGUAUCUCGAGGUUUACGCGCCGGUCUUCACGAACGAGCCAGUUGCUUCCGGUGGCUCCGGAUAUGGCUCGUGGCUGCUGAGCCCAAGAAGCCUUUCAGAUCCGAAUGUGACUGCGAAGGUGUUCCAAGAAAUUGGACCGAGCAUGGAUCUGUCGAAACCAAAUGGUCCGUCGAAUCCGAGCCUCCUAGGGCACAUGAUCGCAUCGCCCAACGCACCGUCCUACUAUCCCGAAGUCAUCUCCAUGAACCCUGCCUGGCGAAAUACCCUCGUACACUUCAUCGUAGUGGAGACCUGGCCGGAUGGGAGCCCACAGUCAAUCAUAGAUUCCGUAUACCGUGACAUUACCUUCAACAAAACGCAGGCCUUGCGUAAUCUCUCUCCCGAAACCGGUGCUUAUUUCAACGAACCGGAUAGCUUUGAGCCGGAGUGGGAGCAUGCUUUCUUUGGGGAAAACUACAGAAGGCUGCUGGGAAUCAAGAGAAGGGUAGAUCCGGACAACGUGCUAUGGUGUCGGCGGUGUGUGGGAAGUGAGGCAUUCGUUGAGGAGAGCGACGGCAGGUUGUGUAAGCCGGUUGCAAGCGCGAAGAGGACCGAGGUUGGUGAGGGUUCAGAGGCAGGAGGGGAUGCUUAUGGCAUGGAGAGGGCUAACUGAGACUGCAAUAGUGGGG